AUGGCCGCUUCCAAGCCCGCCUACAAGGUCGCUGAUAUCGGCCUAGCCGAUUUUGGUCGUAAGAGAUCAUCAUCGCUGAGACAUCGAAUAUGGCCUGGAACUGGAUGGCGAUGCCGUGCGAAGUAUGGUCCAACCAAGCCGUUGAAGGGUGCCCGUAUUGCUGGAUGCCUUCACAUGACCAUCCAGACGGCAGUUCUUAUCGAGACUCUUAUCGAGCUUGGUGCUGAGGUGCAAUGGUCGUCAUGCAACAUUUUCUCUACUCAAGACCAUGCUGCUGCCGCUAUUGCUGCUACUGGCGUUCCAGUCUAUGCCUGGAAGGGCGAGACCGACGAAGAAUACGAGUGGUGCAUUGAGCAGACUCUCGUCUUCAAGGAUGGUCAACCCCUUAACAUGAUCCUUGACGAUGGAGGUGAUCUCACCAACCUUGUUCACCAGAAGUACCCACAGUACCUUGAAGGUAUUCGUGGAUUGUCCGAAGAGACUACGACUGGAGUUCAUAACCUCGCCAAGAUGCUCGAGAAGGGAGAACUGAAGGUCCCAGCAAUCAAUGUCAACGACUCCGUCACAAAAUCCAAGUUCGAUAACCUCUACGGAAUCCGCGAGUCACUGCCUGAUGGUAUCAAGCGCGCCACUGAUGUCAUGCUUGCCGGAAAGGUGUCCGUUGUUUGCGGAUACGGUGAUGUCGGAAAGGGAUCAGCUGCGUCACUGAAAGCGUUCGGUUCGCGCGUUAUCGUGACCGAAAUCGAUCCCAUCAAUGCUCUUCAAGCCGCUAUGGAGGGUUACGAGGUGACCACCUUGGACGAGGCCGCUCCUAGGGCUAAUAUCGUUGUCACUACAACCGGCUGCAAGGACAUCGUUCUUGGCCGACAUAUGGAACAGCUACCUGAGGACGCUAUUGUGUGCAACGUUGGACACUUCGAUUGCGAGAUCGAUGUGAAAUGGCUGAAUGAGAAUGCUGUCAGCAAGGAAGUUGUCAAGCCUCAGGUCGAUCGCUACCUCAUGAAGAACGGUCGCCACAUUAUCCUGCUUGCCGAGGGUCGUCUUGUAAACUUGGGCUGUGCUACUGGUCACCCAUCGUUUGUCAUGUCGAACUCUUUCACCAACCAAGUUCUGGCCCAGAUUGAACUCUGGACCAAAUACGGUACCCCCGAAGAGUACAAAGUUGGUCUGUACGUGCUACCUAAGAAACUCGACGAGGAGGUCGCACGAUUGCAUCUGGAUCAGCUCGGUGUGAAGCUUACGAAGCUUACCGAAGAACAAUCCGCAUACCUUGGUGUGCCUAUUGACGGUCCUUACAAGCCUGACCAUUAUAGGUAUUAA